CCAUUAAAUUGACACUGACAUAUUACAGGCAGAGUUUGUCGGGUGAUUCGUGCUGUGUGUUUUUAACGUUUUAAAUUAGAAAUUUUUAUGUGUUCGUUUGAAAUUUUCGAGAGAUCGUCUAUGGUAGAGUGCGAUGAAAUUGAAUCGAGGUUAUUCCUAGGAAAUCUUGACGCAGCAGAAAGCGAAGAGACGUUAAAAUGCUUCGGCAUCACUCAUGUUUUGACAGUGUAUAUGUUUCCUAUCACCAAACCUGAGAACUUAGAAAUCGAAACUUUGUUUAUUGAUUUGGAAGAUUCCCCAGACUGUGACAUUUUAUCGUGUUUUGAAAGAUCAAAUGCGUUUAUUAAAGAAGGACAAGACAAAGGCGGUUGCCUUGUGCACUGUUAUGGUGGAGUGUCUCGCAGUGCCACUCUUGUUGUUGCUUAUCUCAUGAAAAAAUAUUCAAUAGGUGUUGAUGAAGCUCUACAAAAGGUGAAAAACAAACGUUAUUGUGCAUGUCCAAAUGCAGGAUUUUUAUCUCAAUUGAGGUUGUAUGAGAAUAUGAAAAAUACUUUAGAUGAAGAAAACAUUGACUAUAAAAUAUUUUCCCUGUAUCACCUAGGAAGGAAGGUGUCAUCAGGUGGUAAUUUUAGUGCAGUACUACCACAAAACUAUUUAUCUAAAUUUAGAGGGAAGAUGUGUGAUGGAGACAAAUACAAAUGCAGAAAGUGCAGGAAAUGUCUCUUUUAUCAAAGCAACAUAAUACCUCAUAUUAAAGGCCAAGAUCUUUAUUGGAAUAACUUUGCACAGCAGCUGAUUUCAGAACAAUCACAAGUCAUUUGUACAAAUUCAUUAUUCAUUGAGUUUUUACCUUGGAUGUCUGAAGCAUUCAAGACACUUUCUGGAAAGAAGAUUGUUGCCUCAGCUAGGGCUGCGAAGAAAACGAAGGAAGCCAUGACCAUUGAAAUUAAGAAAGAAAUCAUGGAUAAACAUACCCCUAAGGGGCUCACUUUUGCAAGUACGGGUGUGGCAAUUCUGAGGUACCCUAGCCCUUCAGACGAUCAUCUUCUUGAUUCUUUGCCCAGAAUGCAGCUCAAAAAUUGGAACAUUCUGCUGGAAAGGUCAACUAUGCCCAUGUGGUGCUACUAUAUCACCAAGUUUUAAAGUAGCUGAAAGCAAACUGGACAAAGAAUACAAAUAUUCACCUGCUGUAAAUAAUGAGCUCAAUAUUGCUCAAAUAACUUAAUGUAAAUUUGUGUUCUAAAAAUGUGUCUGUUUUGUGCCUAUAACAAAGUUUUUAACAAUGUUU